AAAGGAUUUUGGGUGGCAGGCCUCUUCCUUUCCGGCUCUGGGCGCCGCCAGCAGAUAAGCCAGAAUGGGUGCCUACAAGUAUAUUCAAGAACUAUGGAGGAAGAAACAGUCCGAUGUAAUGCGCUUCCUCUUGCGUGUCCGUUGCUGGCAAUAUCGCCAGUUAUCUGCUCUCCAUCGAGCUCCCCGCCCCACCAGACCAGACAAAGCUCGCAGGCUGGGAUAUAAAGCUAAGCAAGGUUACGUCAUCUACCGCAUCCGUGUUCGCCGUGGUGGUCGUAAACGUCCAGUCCCUAAGGGUGCUACUUAUGGUAAACCUGUGCAUCAUGGUGUCAACCAGCUGAAAUUUGCUCGGAGCCUGCAGUCUGUAGCAGAGGAGCGUGCUGGUCGCCACUGUGGAGCCCUGAGAGUAUUGAACUCUUACUGGGUGGGUGAAGAUUCCACAUACAAGUUCUUUGAAGUCAUCUUGGUUGACCCUUUCCACAAAGCUGUCAGGCGCAACCCAGAUACCCAAUGGAUCACCAAGCCAGUUCACAAACACAGAGAGAUGCGUGGCCUAACCUCUGCUGGCAGGAAGAGCCGUGGUCUUGGCAAGGGCCACAAGUUCCAUCAUACAAUUGGUGGUUCACGCCGUGCUGCCUGGAGACGACGCAACACCUUGCAGCUUCACCGUUACCGCUGAUCCUUUUGGUUAUAAAUUUCUCAUAAUAAAGUCAAGGCAAAGGCUUUA